AUGGCAAUCAAAACAGUGAUGAGGCUAAUGGAUGAUAAAUCGGAUUCUGCUGAGAGCUGUAUUCCACUGAAAUGCAGUUACACAAAUUACAACUCGACUGUAAAAGCAGUAAUAGGAGAGAGCCAUUCCGAAAUAUCGGUUGUUAUAGCCCGUUUGCUAAGCAUUCCUCUAAUACCACAGAUUAGUUACGAAUCAACAAGUGAAAUUCUCAGCCAGAAGUUGAGAUUCCCUUCAUUUCUACGUACAGUUCCCAGUGACACUCACCAGUCUAAAGCCAUAGCUAAGCUUGCUUUGCAUUUGAACUUGAUCAGUGUCGGGGCAAUUGGAAGCGAUGAUGAGUACGGAAAAUAUGGAGUGGAAGGGUUUCUUGAUCAUGCCCAGGAAUUAGGCUUAUGUGUUCCAUUUAAGCAUAUAGUUCCAGCAUACAUGUUCCGUAAUGAAAGUUCUAACCACCAAAAGAAAAUAGUUGAAAUCAUAAUGAAUUCAUCAGCUGAGGCCAUUGUGCUUUUCACAAAGCCUGAAAAUGUAGAGGGAAUAAUUCAAGAAGCCAUAAAACACAAUUUAACAAAGACAUGGAUUGCAAGUGAUUCUUGGGUCACUUCAGCUAAAAUUGCUCAGAUAAAGGGUAUUGAGACAGUAGGAAAGAUUAUAGGCUUCACUUACAGAAGAAAAACUGUUCCAAGGUUUAAAAACUAUAUACGCAACUUAUUUGCAAAUGACCCCCCUGACAACAGCUUUCUACGCCAAUAUAAGGAUUGUUAUCCACCAUGUUCUAAAAAACCUGAACCUAAUAUCCAAAACUCCCUUUCUAAUACCAACAACGAAACUGUGAAUGUUUCAGAAUGUACAGAUGACAAUUUUCUGAUACAAAUGAUUGACACAGAUAUUUUUUUUGGUGUGUAUUUAGCCGUCAAUGCAGUAGCCCAAGCUUUGGGAAAACUGUUAAUAUGUGACAGUACAAAAUGUGAAAGAGAUUUCAAUUUUCCUUCGUGGGAGGUAAGUAAUAGUCCUUUGUUAUUCUUGUUAAUAAUACUAUUCAAAUUAGAAAUAUGUCUACUUAAGGAAUUAAAAAAAGUCAACUUCUCAGUAGAUAAUACAGAAGUCAGUUUUGAUGAAAAUGGCGAUUUCAAGCUGGGAUAUGAUAUAAUAGGGUGGCAGAUAGAUGGUGCUGUCAACUUCACUACAAUUGGAGAGUACCACAUUUCUGGACAAAUUAUACUAUAUAAUAAAAUGGCAUGGACAUCUGAAAACAUCUUGAUAACAGAUGCUAACUGCAGUAAGAAAUGCAACCCUGGAUAUGAAUGGAAAGAAACCAAUUUGAAAUGCUGCAAAGCAUGCAUCCCCUGUAAGAUAGGAUCCGUCUCAGCUGGUGGAAGUAAGUAA